AAAUAUAUGUAUAUAAGCAAACAACGCUGGGGAAAAUUAUGAAAACUUGUGUGGCAUAGAUCAACCAUGAUAUAUAUCCCUUUGAGAAAGUUUCUGUGGAUGACCAACUGAAAAUUGCAGAAACAGAUCCAUCGCCAUUGGAAGAAGCUUUUCUGUGUUCUUUGCAAAGAUGGCUACUUUGGGAGGAGGAGGAGCAAUUGGAGUUCCGAGCUUCUCUCGUGUCUCCAUCAAUACACGAACUCUUGCUUCUUCUUUGUCUCUGUCACUGCCAUUGCCAAGUGUUAGUAAAUGGGACAACGAGUUGCGGUGUGUGGUUCUCUGUUCAGCAGUACAAGAAUCUUCUGCUUCUGCCUCUGCUUCUGCUGUUGCCACGGAGAAGAAGGAAGAGAAGGGAGACGAAAAAAGAGAGGUAGAAACAGAAACAGAAACAGAAGCAGCACCAGUGAAGAAGCCUAAACCAGCGGCUUCGGCAGCAAAAGCAGCUGUGAAACCAUUGCCACAGAUGAUGGAGGAAGACGUGAUUCCACCGCUUAAAUCCAUUCUUGAAUCCCAAGAUGAUGUUGCUGAUAUCGAGCUAUCUUUCCAAGACAACAAGGUGGUUUCAACAGCUGGAAGGUUCUUUCCUGAAAAAGGGUAUUCCAUACUCGUUCUGGGCGUUCUUCCCGAGCGGAAACCUCACAGGAGCGAAGGGCUUCUCCAUCUCAUCCUACGGCUCAGGAGCAAGCACGGUGGAGCCAUUUCUGGUGGACGAGAGGAAACUGACAGCAAACCACGUCGUUUUCUGGGUAGAGAAACGACUGGCAGCACAAGGAAUCAUUCCUGUGUGGAAUGAAUGAAUGAAGGGCUUCCUCUAUCUCUUUGUAUAUUUUCCUUAUUCACAAACAUUUUCUUUGGCUGAUUUCUUUUUACAGAAAUGUGAAUGGUAAAACAUUUGUAGAAGUUGUGAGACUUCAAGUGAAAAAUAUCACAUUUCAUUAGGCUGCACAAGUGAAACUGUAGAACUUGUGAAUGUUGAAAAUAAUGUGUGAAUGAGAUUGUAAAAGACCCAUUUCAUGUGACAA